AUGCUUCUCAGGAAUGGCUCAUCGUGCACCCCCUCCUUUCGCGGCACCAUAUCUGCGGCAUACCAUCCCGGGCAUCACCCUCCCGGGCACCCUCCUACUGGGCAUCACCCUCCUACUGGGCACCCUCCUACUGGGCAUCCCACCCCCCGGGCACCCCCUACUGGGCACCAACCGCCCGGGCACCCCCCUACUGGGCACCCCCCACCCGGGCAUCCUCCCUCUGGGCAUCCGCCCCCCGGGCAUCUCCCCCCCAGCCAUCUCCCCCCCGGCAAGAAGCCAGAUCCCCAGAAGAAGCCCAAACUUCCCCCAAAGCCCUGCUCCAAGCCUCCCCCUGGACGAUUUCAAGGGAUCAUCUCAUUUAUUGGGGCGGACUACGGCUUCAUCGAACGGGACGACCUGAAGAAGAUCCACUUCAGCUUCGACGCUUUUUGGGGCGACACGACGGAGAUGAUCCCGGGCGUACGAGUGCAGUUCACCGUCUACAAGGACAAGGGAAAGGAGUGCGCAACUGAUGUUGUGGUGCCCUCUGGUGGCACCGAGGAGGUGGACGGCGACAUUCUUGAGGGAGUUGUCAGCAGAGCUCCUGAAUGCCAGGUGGACGGAAAGUCCCGGAAGCUCACCUUGCCCAAGUACGCGGGCUCCAUCCAGGCCACGCUGCUGAGCGAGGAGGCCGAGCUUCCCUUCACGACGCACGACUACCGUCCCUCUCUGCUGGCGGGCGACCGGGUCCAGUUCAACCUGCUCACCGACCUGGUCACCAAGGAGAAGAGGGCCACCAACAUCGCGCUCCUGCCCAACACCUUUCAGUUCACCAAUGAGAGCAGAGAGACGGGCGUUGUCAUGAACACGAAGGAUGGCUCUGGCUCCAUAAUGUCGGAGGAGUGGAGCAACCUGUGCUUUGAUGCUGAUGAGAACCUGAGUGACACUGAGCUGAGAGUAAUGGACGAGGUGGAGUUCACGGUCGUUCCUGCGCAAGGGAAGGAGCAGCACAAGGCCGUCAGGGUCAGGCGGCUGCCGGAGGGGACGGUGACGUUCGGGAAGAAGACCCGAGAGAGGAUCGCUGAGGCCAUGGAGAGGAACUCUACCCGGUUCAGCCUGGAGAAGGGCAAGUGGAAGGCGGUGACCAAUGAGGUGCUGCCCCAGAGGACCGUGGUCUUCGAGGACAUCAGCAGCGAGCAGUACGAGGGAAUCGUCGUGACGACCCCCCCCAAAGCCGCCGACAGGACGCAGGGACAAGAGACAGCCGAAGCUGCCUCAGGCCUCCUGGUUGCCACGGUAGCGGGCGCGGACCGAAAGCUGCCGUUUGGCUCCGGUGAUGUCACGUCGGAGGCCACGAUGAUGCCGGGGGACCGGGUCCAGUUCAGCGUCUGCACCAAGCGCGGCACCAAGGCGGAGAGGGCCACCAACAUCGAGCUCCUGCUCAACAGCCUGGACCACUCCCAGGAGCAGCGCGAGAAGGGUGUCGUAAUGGACCUCCGGGAGUCAUUCGGGUUCAUCCGGUGCCAGCGGGACCCUCAGCUGUUCUUCCACCUGAAGGAGGUGCUGGAGGAGAGCAAGCUCAACCUCACGGACGAGGUUGAGUUCACUGUCCUUCCGGCCGCGGCGGGGGAGGGGAACCAGGCCGUGAGGGUGAAGAAGCUGCUCUGGAGCGCCUUCACUGCCACGCCAAAGCUGGAGGGCCUCGGCGCGCCGACCAAGGAAAAGAAGAAAAUGACCAUCAAGCUACUGAGAGACUCGGUGAACGAUGAAAUGAAAAACCUAAAGGUCAAAAUUGAGUCCUUCAGCACAGAAAGUGCAACGGAUGAAGACCCUGCGGAGCCCAUGGAUGAAAACGCCAGUUCAGGUAAGCAAGGGGUGGGUGACUUUGUUCCCCCAAAGUCCGAAAACGAUCCCCAGCCAGUCAAGAUGGACGGGGAGGGCGGUGGUGUGGAGGUCAAGGGUCAAGAGAAGAGCUCUUCGAGCACGGACCCGCCCAAGCAGAGGAAGGACUCGAAGGGGGAGAGCCGAAACGGGGCGCGCGGGGGCACCGAAGAGAGCAGCCGAGCCACCCGGGCCGGAAAGUACCGGAGCCCACCCAGGGAGCAUGGCAAGAGGCGGAGCCGCAGCCGCAGCUGCGAGCGGGGCCACCGGCACGAGCGCAGACGCAGACGCAGUCGCAGCCGCAGCCGGGAGAGGGGCGGACGGAGCGGCAGCGGCAGGAGGCGGAGCCGGAGCAGGGAGCGGGCCGACUCCUCCUACAGCAGGAGGCACGGCAGCAGGGAGUCGACCAGUCGGGGCGGGGCGAGGAGGCGGAGCAAGAGCAGGACUCCCGAGAGGGACAGCAGCAGCAGCCGAAAGAAGGUCAGCACGGGCGAUAAGGACAGUUCUCUGGCUAAGGACGGUCGGGGUGGCGGCAGGGAGCCCCUGCCGAGGGCAUAUCCCAAUCCCGCCACUCAGGAACUGCCCAGGUCCGAAAAUAUCCUGGACGAAGAGCUGUCCAGGAAGAAGAGGGAGCUGGAGCUGCUGGAGGAGCACAUCGCCCGCAGAAGAGCCAUCAUAGCCAUGGAGCAGAAGGGCCUGGUCCCGAAGGGUCAGUCCAACAGCGAGCAGGACUCCGAGUCGUCUGGCUACUUUCGGUUUCCCCUGGAGCCCGAGGGCGCUGACAAACCCGCCCCCUUGCCCAUGAAGUCCAUCCUGAAGAAGCGGACCGAGCCUUUCAUGGACUUUGACCAGCAGGGUGAAAUCCCCCAAAACCUCCCUCUCAAACCAAACUUUGUGUCUCAGUCCUGCUUUGGCCCACCCCCUGUAGAACUUCCUCCUUUCCUCCAAACCUCUGACGAACAGUCUUACUUUGAGCCGCCUCCCGACCGCUCUCCUUUCAGCCAAUCCGUGUCCCAGCGUGAACCUGUCCGUCACCCAUCUCACAGCCAAUCGGCUGUUCACCAACCCCCUAUGGACCAGCCCCCUGUCUGUCAUUCUCCUCCCGGUCAGCAGGCGCCCACCCAGAGCGCCGCCUCCACUCAGUUUGAGCGAUUCCUCCGCACGCUCAACAAAGGAGUGGAUGCCAAACUCCUCUCUUCCCUCGUUAAAGAGGUCAGAGAGGAGGAUUUUACCCGCGAGGCAGCGGAGCCUCGCCUGCCACCCCAGGGCGAGGUCUUCUACGAGGACAAGGACCAGUACGAGGACUCCCGCGGGAUGAGGACGACAGAGGAGCCGGACGACUUCCUGCUGCCGCACGAGCGAGCGUUUCAGGACGGCGGCGGGUUUUCGCGCAUCGUGGGAAUGAAGCACGGGCUGCAGGCGGAGGCGGAGGCGGAGGACAGUUGGCGGGAGGGGGACGUGGAGGACGAGGAGCGCUUCCUGUACGGGGAGAGGGCCGACGAGGGCGGGCGCGGGAGCGCCGCGGCGGCGGCGGAGGCGGACCGGGGACGCCGGGAGCCACGCCGGGCCGAAACCGAGCCGAAACCGAAGGGCGAGGACAGGCUGCCGCACUACGACAAGAUCCAGAGCCUGCUCCAGACCAUCGGCCUCGACCUGGACCUCGCGGAGGUCAGCAAGCUGACGGACAGGACCCAGGAGCGGCUCUACGGGAAGAAGCAGAAGAGCGAAAUCGACUGCGCGUCGGGGCGGGCGACCCGCAGGUCCGGCCGGCACCGUAGCCGGACCGACUCCCCGGAGUCGGACCGCACCCACUCCAUUUCUCCGGUAUCGACCAAUCGCCGGGAGGUCUACCUGAGCUUCCAGGGUGCCUUGGAGCACAGCAGCGCCCGGGACCAGGAGAGAUUCGCCACCGACGCAAGGACGGUUCGAAGCUCGCGGAAAUCUCGUUCUCCCUCCCGCUCCACCCCUUCCUCCUCCUCCUCCAAAUAUUCACGUGCACCUCAAGAGCCUUAUUCCCAGUACCAGAGCGCUCCCGAGCACGAGCUUGCAUACGGUCAGCGGGGAAGUGCCACGGUAACGGGCUGGAAUCAAGUUCCCAGGCAGGCUGAGGUGCAGUCCCCUCCAGCUUUCGCUCAACACCCAGGGUCCUACGCUGACCCACAGCACCCAGGGUCCUACGUUGACCCACAACAUUCAGGGUCCUACGCUGACCCACAGCACCCAGGGUCCUACGCUGACCCACAGCACCCAGGGUCCUACACUGACCCACAGCACCCAGGGUCCUACGCCAAGCCACAACACCCAGGGUCCUACGCUGACCCACAGCACCCAGGGUCCUAUGUUGACCCACAACACCUAGGGUCCUACACUGACCCACAGCACCCAGGGUCCUACGCCAAGCCACAACACCCAGGGUCCUACGCUGACCCACAGCACCCAGGGUCCUAUGUUGACCCACAACACCUAGGGUCCUACGCUGACCCACAGUUCUUAUCCCCCCAUUCUCUCCCCCACGUGACUUUGGCCUCGCCCGUGGGGCUGCCCGCCGGGCUGUCCUCCCCCUUCGUCGGGCCUCCCGCCGUGUCCUUGCCAUCCUUUCUUCAGCAGCCGUCUGCGACGUUCUCGGGGGCUACGUCCUACUACUCCCUGCACCCCUUAACCGGGGUCCCCAUACUGGCGCCGGUGGGGGGCGCCGCGUUCCCCGUCUCGCAGCCCGUCCCGGCGGGAGGGGGGGAGGUCGAGACACACGCCAGGGAGCUGGCCACCACGAAGUCUCGCUGUCUCCGGGUCAUCAAAACGGUCAAGUUGCACUCGCAUUCGCCCGCGCAGAGCAGCAAUUUGAGGGAGGUGACCACGACGGGCGGCGAGCAGAGCUCGGAUUCCGCCCUGGCUCCGUGCCCCGCCCCCCGCGGGCCGGCCGAGAAGAAGCAGGUGACGACGAUAUCGGAGGAUGACAUCAAAGCCAAGCAGAAGAAAAGGCUGGAACAGUUCAAUGAGAGAAUGAGACAGAAAAAGGAACAACAGAAGGAAGCUAUGAGAUCUCGUGUAAAGUGCCAGAAAAUCCCACCAGGUAAGACCUGCACAGAGGUAAAGAAUGUGUGGGUGUGUGGCCACUCUCUGGUGUUUUGGGCGGAGAAGAGGGCCAAGUCCCCCGAGUACGGCAUGCAGCUGGGCAUGGACCCCGGCCGCGUGCGCGUGUGGUGGAAGGGCAUGCAGGGCAUGACCUGGGACCAGCUCCUGCCGCUGCUCCUGCAGCUCAAGGGCAGCUGGCCCAACCCCGACGUCAUCAUCCUGCACCUGGGCGGCAACGACCUGGGCAGGUCCGACCUGGGGCCGCUCCUGGCGGCCGUGAGGAAGGACCUGGCGUCGCUGCGCGGCAUCUUCCCCAAGUGCCUGCUGGUGUGGUCCGACAUCCUCCCGAGGCGGUCCUGGCGCGCCUGCGAAGACGCCGGGGCGAUGGAGGGCCACCGCGCGCUGGUCAACCGGCGGGUGCGGGCCGACCUGGCCGAGCUGGGCGGGGCGGCGGUGACCCACGACAGCAUCCGGCCCGGCUCGGACGCGGGGCUGUACCGGCCCGACGGCGUCCACCUGUCGGGCAAGGGCAUCGACAUGUUCAACAUCGACCUGCAGGACUUCCUGGAGAAGUGGGACGGGGAGGAGGCCGAGAGCACCGAGCCGGUUUAGGCGAAGGGGCCCGUGAAGCCUGUUGUUAAAUGCGCUCCUGUUAUCGCGCUCCUGCUCUGUUAGUAAUGGGACGGUUUCGCUAUUGUAAAGGGCAGGUGCUGUUCUGAAUGUAGCCCCCCACUGCCUGUGUACAGCCUGUGAAGGUGAUGCAUAACUGCACCGCGAAUGCUGUAUGUAAAGUCAUUUGUAUGCCUCUGCCCUCACGCACACUACAUUCAUAUGCUGUAUGUAGUUUUUGGGUUCCCUU